AUGCCACAGAAGUCACCACCCUAUAAGUCCGAUCUCCCCUACUUCAAACGCGACUGCGAAGUCUACUUCCCCACCAAUGCCUCGACCAUCACAUGGAGCCGCGCCGAGCAAAACAACACGCUCAACACGCUAUGGUAUGAUAACCCAUUCAAUGCGAGCGACGUCACGUUCGCGCGCGCAAAUAAGAGUAUGCCGCCGUAUCGUAAUGGGUUGGGAGGAACAGAGCCAGCGUGGGUGAAUGCUCCGGCGGGAUCCGGAGCGCUUGCGAUGACUGUGCCACCGCCCGCUGCGGUCAUUGCUGGCCCUGUUGUAGCGCCUGUUCAUGCUGUUACAGUGCCGCCGCCACGGCCGGUGAACCGAUACCCAUUCGACUUCUGGCCACCUAAGCCGUGGGACGCGGAGCCAGAUGACGCGACUUUAGGCAUGACCAUAAAAGUCAUCAAGUCUAAAGAAGAGCCCGAGAACGGUGAGAAAUGGAUGGAUGAUACCCAUGAUCCAUAUGGCGACGGAAGAAGGUGGAUAGGCGGGAAGUUCCUAGGUGCGGGUACUUUUGGAUGCGCAGGUCUGUGGUGCGCAGUAGACGAAAACGAUAUUGUGACGGCCAGAAUGGUCGUUAAAGAAGUGCGCCCUCAUAACUGGAAAUGGCGGGAUCCGGCGUAUUGGAGAGAUCAUCUCCCGCGCGAAAUUCGCAUACAUGAGCGUAUUGAUGCGAAUCGACCCGCUGCUGGCGCUGAUACCUCGGGCUAUGAUAACUUGUUGAGGCAUUUAGGAUACAGAUUGAUGAUGCAGCAGCGCCGCUUCAAAUUGUACCUGGACUUCUGCGAAGGUGGCGAUUUAUUCCAGGGAUUGAAAGAGCACUUUAACCGAUGGAAAAGAGGACAAGCGACGGAUAAAACUGAGCAUCUCAAAGUCGUACCAGAGAGCUUGGUCUGGCAUGUUCUGUCGCAGCUUGUUGAUGCAUGCCUGGUACUCCAAACGGGAUCGAAAGAUCCUGCGACAGCGGAGUCAGCUUGGCUACCAAUCACGCAUCUCGAUAUCUCGUUGAGCAACAUCUUCUUGGAGCCAGCGGUUGACGAUGCUUAUCCAAACUGUGUCUUGAGCGACUUUGGUAUGGCCAUGUAUGAUCUGGAGCAGGGUGACGCUACAGUAAGACCUACAGACAACCCUCAGGAGUAUGUGCUUGGCCAUAUCAGUUACAAGUACCCUCCCGAGCAACAACUUGUACGAGGUACUCCGCCUGACUUGACACCUUUGAAUGAGAAGACGGAUACCUGGAGCAUCGGAGCAGCAAUCUGGUACAUGAUUGCCAAUCGUUCUGUCGCUGGUCCGCAGCGCGAACUGCAUUACUCGGAUGACAUGCCGCAGAACGUGAACAUUGGCGAAGCGGAUCAUGGGCGACUAGACGAGCCCGGGGCGAAACCGUUCGAAGGCUCGGGGUUUCCAGCACUGAGUAAAUACUCGGAAGAGCUGAGGUCGUUGGUUGCGCGCUGCAUGAAUUGGGAGCAAGAGCAUCGGCCAGAUCUAGCUACACUGAGGGCCGAUAUCGAUGCGUAUCUGGCAAGCCACCCGACAGUAAGGGAUAGCAGAGACUUUGGACCGCUGAGAAUGUCGAACCUCGAACAAGGGCUGGGAAUUGGAGAUACGUUUGCAAGAAAGAGGAGGAAACCGGUCGCAGGAAAGCAGCCCCGUAAAAUGCCAAAGGGGGACGAAGAGGAUACAGAAGAGUAG